CGCUCGCCCGUUGGCCGUGCUAUUCCCAUUCCCAAGCGCAUGCGCUUUUCACUGACGGAGUGGAGACCAUUUCCUUCCAGCAGCAGGCCUUACAGAGCUCACACACACACACACACACACACACAAACACAUAAGCAUACACACAUAUGCGGUCUCAGUACAGACAACAGCCGUCAAAGCGAAGCAGCGUUUGGAAUAGUGUAAUCUUAACACCGCAACACCUGGAUGCCCCCCAACCGCAGGAAUCAUUCUAAUGGGUGUUCAUCGCUGAACUGCAGCAGCAUAUGGUCGACAGCACAGUGGUAUCUUUUGGAUCAUCUGCUGUUACUCCUGAUGUCAACAACUUUAUGGGGUCAGUGUCUAAGGAAAAUAAACCCACCCUUCUCAAGUUUCUGUAAAGGCAGAGUCUCCUGGGAAUCUCUCAUGGUACUAGCUGAACAGUGACCGCUACCUGCCUGAGGACACCUGCUGCCAAAUUCCCUUCAUCAUGUCUGGGAUCCAUGUACCAUGGUCGACUGGCACAGAGUGUGUAGCCAAGUAUAACUUUCAGACUGCCAAUGAACAGGACUUACCCUUCUGUAAAGGAGAUGUACUGACCAUCAUCGGAGUCACCAGGGAUCCAAACUGGUACAGAGCAAGGAACCAGGUGGGCAGAGAGGGCACCAUCCCAGCUAACUAUGUCCAGAAAAGGGAAGGCGUCAAGUCAGGAGGGAAACUCAGUCUUAUGCCCUGGUUUCAUGGGAAGAUAACUCGGGAGCAGGCCGAGCGGCUCCUCUACCCUCCAGAGACGGGUUUAUUCCUGGUGAGGGAAAGCACCAACUAUCCUGGAGAUUACACCCUGUGUGUCAGCUGUGAUGGCAAGGUGGAGCACUACCGCAUCAUCUACCACAACGGCAAACUCACCAUCGACGAGGAAGAGUAUUUUGAGAACCUCAUGCAGCUGGUGGAGCACUACACCAAAGAUGCUGAUGGCCUUUGUACCAGGCUGAUUAAACCCAAGUUGAUGGAGGGAACAGUGGCAGCGCAAGACGAAUUCUCUAGGAGUGGCUGGGCCUUGAACAGGAAAGAGUUGAAACUCCUCCAGACCAUUGGAAAAGGGGAGUUUGGGGAUGUGAUGGUAGGAGACUACAGAGGGACCAAGGUGGCGGUCAAGUGCAUCAAAAAUGACGCUACAGCACAGGCUUUCAUCGCUGAGGCUUCUGUCAUGACGCAACUGAGGCACAACAACCUGGUGCAGUUGCUAGGGGUAAUCGUGGAGGAGAGAGGCAGUCUCUACAUUGUCACAGAAUACAUGGCUAAGGGCAGCCUAGUGGACUACCUGCGCUCUCGAGGGCGGACUGUUCUCGGUGGAGACUGCUUACUCAAGUUCUCACUUGACGUAUGUGAAGCUAUGGAGUACCUGGAGGCCAAUAACUUCGUCCACAGAGACCUGGCGGCUCGCAAUGUGCUGGUUUCUGACGAUAACAUCGCCAAGGUCAGCGACUUCGGUCUCACCAAGGAGGCAUCCUCCAUACAGGACACUGCCAAGCUGCCCGUCAAAUGGACAUCCCCAGAAGCACUAAGAGAGAAGAGGUUUUCCACUAAGUCAGACGUUUGGAGUUAUGGGAUCCUACUGUGGGAGAUCUACUCCUUUGGGCGUGUGCCUUAUCCUAGAAUUCCGUUGAAAGAAGUGGUGCCUCGGGUAGAGAAAGGGUACAAGAUGGACGCCCCAGACGGCUGCCCCGCCGUGGUGUACGACCUGAUGAAGCAGUGCUGGACCUUGGAUCCUGUGAUGCGGCCCUCCUUCCGCAUGCUGAGGGAGAAGCUGCAGCAUAUCAGAGCCAAGGAGCUCUACCUGUGAAGAGGAGACGCUUGUGGGGGGUACCGGGGGAAGAGGACGGGGGCGAGAUGCAGCCCAGCACAGCUGUUAAGUGGGAGGAGGAGCAGGAGAAGGAGAAGAGGGACCACAGCACUUUCCUCCUGCCUGCCCAGCCUCUUGACCUGUGGGACUGCUACGCUGUGCCCCCUCCCCCGAUCUCCGCCGUCCACCAGCCGUCCUCUGCUUUCACACUAGGACUGUUUUCCUGUUCGUGUUGUAUAGCUUUUGCCAGACAAUUUCCUCUUCUCGCGAUGGGCCGCUCCUCUUUCCUCCUCCUACACCUGCCACUACUCACUCACUCUCCCUUCUCUUUGUCACUUGGUCCAAAUUGCUCUUCUUCUUCUGUGUGAAAGUUCCCUUUUGUUUCUUUGUAUUUCCUCCCCUCCUCCUCCUCCUCUCCUGAACAUGGCAUUAACUGGAGGGGAGGCUGGCCUUUUCCUCCACGUUUGUCAGGUGCUCUUUUCUUCUCCAGUCCACCCCACUCAAUCAUUCCCAGAUUCUCAUAUCACCAUGUGGCUUUGCAUGCCUUUCAGCCCAACUCUGUCAUUCCUUCCUUGCAUCCCUCCUUGCUUUCCCUCGGCCUUGGUGUCAGGUGUGGGGCCUUCGCUCUGUGCCAAAGUGCCUCCAGUCUACAGAGCUCCAGACUUCCCUCCAACACUUCUUUUGAUUGGACUGUUAUGGUUUCAUUUUUUAUUUUUAUUUUUUAAACAAAAUCUUUUUUUAUUGCUUUCUUUGUUCCAGAGGUUAUUAAACUGUUUUCUUUUUUUAAAUGGCAUCUCCUUCACCUCCACCAUCUUGACAUCAGACUCUUUUUUUUUUUUUUUUUUUUUUUUUUUUUUGUUAAUCCAAGCGUCCAUGAAGAGCACGAGAAUAGGAAUUGAGGAGACUUGGGGGGGCCAGUGUCAUGUUCAUCCUUCCUUAAAGACCGCCCAGAGGAGUGGUGGGUGGGUGGUUGGGUGGCAGGGCAAUAACAGGAGAAGAAGGGGGAGAGGCAGUUCACAAACAUGGUUGAUUCAUCAUACGUGGGCUUGUUUUUAUAUCAAAAUAUAUUUAAAGGAUUAAAAAAAAAAGAACAAGGAAAAAACUGACUUGGACAGAGUUAAAAAAGGACGAUUUUCGGAAGCCAGGAGCAACUUGCCGUUAGGGAUGUUCAAUGUCUGAAUGCUAGGGUCGGGGUGGUGCAUGCUGUGUGUGAGAGGCCUUGGGUUCAACUGUCAGUGCUUUCAAUGUUCAUUGUUUUAUUAUGCUAUCAUAAUUAUGAAUAAAUCAUUCCAUCUGAA